GUAACAAGCUAGCACCUUUGUUUACAAGCUGCAGUGGCUCCUCAAGCUACAUGGCCUUGGUAGUUUGCUAGCGAGGUCUAACGUUAUGUCAAGUUCUUUAGCUAGAUAUAUAUGUGGAUCAGUGGAGGCUCCUCAGAGGAGUAAGGGGAGGACCAUCCUCAGUGAAUUUCAGAAAAAUAAAAACAGUGAAACAGAAAACGAUACAAAAUAUAUGAAUGUGACCAAAUAAUUGAUUUAAAACACACUGUUUUGCAAUGACGCGCUACAGUAGCCUCAACCGCAAUCUCUGGGAUAGCACCAUGGUGUAUGCGGAGGACCGCUAGUUUCCUUUCUCCUCUGGGUACAUUGACUUCAAUACAAAACGUGAGGCUCAUGGUUCAUACUCCCUUUCAAAGGCUUAUACAGUAACUAUGAUGACGUCCGGCUCGAACCUAUCAGAGCUCUUGUAGCAUGAACUGACAUGUUGUCCUCUCAAAGGAUCAGAUAUUGAAUCUAGUACUGAAAGCAUAAGCUAAAGUUAGCUAGUAGCACUGCAGUGCAUAAAAUGUGGUGAGUAAGUUAGUUGACUCAGAGAGACAAUAGUUGAACAGUUUGGAACAAAUUAAUUGAUUAAAAAAUGAAGAAGCAAGAGGGAGAGAGCACUAGCUAUCUUUUGUAUUUGCUUAACUUUCACUUACUUAGUUAGCGUAAGCAGCUAGCUCGUUUAGCCUACUCAAACAGAGAGGGGUGCUAUGUUAGCUAGCUGGCCAAGGCUAUCCAACACUGGAACUCUUCCAAGUCAAGCACUAUGAAUCAUAAUGAUCUGACAACUGUUCCAUACCUUGGAGAAGUUACCCCAAACAUCACAACACUCUCAUUGGUCCACAACCGGAUCUCGGAGCUGUGGAUGCAUCAGCUGCAUCCAUACAUCUCCUUGGAGACACUUGACCUGUCAUCUAACUCCAUCUCAGAGAUCAAGGCUGGAGCCUUCCCACUCAUGCAGCUGAAAUACUUGAAUUUAAGCAAUAACAAGAUCAGUGUCCUUGAACCUGGCUGCUUUGACAACAUCUCCAGCUCCCUGCUGGUUCUGAAGCUGAACAGGAACAGAAUAACACUGCUACCAUACAAAGUGUUCAGGCUUCCCCAGCUGCAGUUCCUGGAAUUAAAGCGCAACAAGAUCAAGAUGGUGGACAGCCUGACCUUCAAAGGGAUGGACUUACUGAAAUCACUGAAGAUGCAGCGGAAUGGCAUCACAAAGCUGAUGGAUGGCGCUUUCUUUGGGCUCAACAACAUGGAGGAGCUAGAGCUGGAGCACAACAAUUUGACGGAGGUCAACAAAGGCUGGCUGUAUGGUCUGCACAUGCUGCAUGUUCUGCGGGUCAACCAGAACACCAUCAGCAUCAUCCGACCAGACGCCUGGGAGUUCUGCCAAAAGCUGGAGGAGCUAGAUCUGUCCUUCAACCACCUCACCCGGUUGGAGGAGACCGCGUUCAUUGGACUGGGCCUUCUGGAGAACCUGAACCUAGGAGAGAAUACCAUCAGCCACCUGGGAGAGGGAGUCUUCAGCAGUCUGGCCAAUCUGCGCUCACUAGACAUACGGAAUAAUGAGAUCUCUUGGGCCAUUGAGGAUUCCAUUGGUGUGUUUGUUGGAAUGAAGAAGCUGAACACAUUGAUUCUACAGCGGAACAAGAUUAAAUCUAUCACAAAGGAAGCCUUUGAGAGUCUGGAGGAACUAGAGCACUUGGACCUGAGCAAGAAUGGGAUCAUGUCCAUCCACCCUGAUUCGUUGUCUCACAUGAACUUAAAAGUGUUUUUUCUGAACACUAGCAGCCUGCUGUGUGACUGCCAACUGCAAUGGCUGGGCCCAUGGUUGACUGACAACCGCUUCCUGCAGUCUGUCUCCGCUAUGUGUGCUCACCCUGCCAGCCUGCUGGGCCGUAACGUCCUGUCUGUCAGCCUGGAGGAGCUGGUCUGUGAUGACUUCCCAAAGCCCCGGAUCACUGACCACCCUGAGACCGCCACCGCCCUGCGUGGGACCAAUGUGACUCUGAGCUGCCUGGCUUCAAGCAGCAGUGACUCCCCCAUGGCCACGGCCUGGAGGAAGGACGGGGAGGUGCUGUACGAUGCAGAGGUGCAGAAUUACGCCCGCUACCAGGAGGGAAAGCUGUUCUACACCACCGUGCUGCAUCUCCUCAACGUCAACUUCACAGACGAGGGACGCUACCAGUGUGUUGUCUCGAACCACUUUGGCUCUAACUACUCCAACAGGGCCAAGCUCACAGUCAAUGAGCUGCCAUCCUUUCUGAAGACUCCGAUGGACCUGACCAUCCGCACGGGCACCAUGGCCAGGCUGGAGUGUGCUGCCGAGGGUCACCCAUCCCCCCAGAUCGCCUGGCAGAAAGACGGGGGCACAGACUUCCCUGCUGCCCGGGAGAGAAGGAUGCACGUCAUGCCAGACGAUGACAUCUUCUUCAUUGCCAAUGUAAAGACGGAGGAUAUGGGGGUGUACAGCUGCACAGCCCAGAACGCUGCAGGGAGCCUUUCUGCCAACGCUACACUCACUGUGCUAGAAACUCCGUCCUUCAUGCGUCCCCUGAAGGACAGGGCGGUAGCUCGUGGGGAGACGGCAGUGCUCCAGUGUAUCGCAGGCGGAAGCCCAGCACCCCGCCUCAACUGGACCAAGGAUGACGGGCCCCUGGUCCUCACCGAGCGACACUUCUUCGCCGCCGCCAACCAGCUCCUCAUCAUCGUGGACGCGGGGUGGGCGGACACAGGGAAGUACACGUGCAUCAUGUCCAACACGCUGGGCACGGAGCGCGGCCACAUCUACCUCAGCGUGUUACCCUCUCCCAACUGUGACACUGCGGGCGGCUACGACCAGGAUAGCUGGAACACGGUGGGCAUCGUUGUGAUCGUGGUAGUCUGCUGCGUGGUGGGCACCUCGCUAGUCUGGGUCAUCGUCAUCUACCACAUGCGAAGGAAGAGCGAGGACUACAGCAUCACCAACUCAGAUGAGAUGAACCUGCCGGUAGACAUCCCCAGCUACCUGUCCUCUCAGGGAACGCUGUCUGAGCCUCAGGAGGGAUACAGCAACUCUGAAGCAGGGAGCCACCAGCAGCUCUUGCCACCACUGUCCAACGGCUACGUCCACAAGGGAACUGGCUACGUCCACAAGGGAACUGACGGUGUGUGCUCCAGUGACACAGGCAGCGAGGUGGACACCGAGGCCAACGGGAUGCUGCACUGCCGUGUGGGCUCUCUGUUCACGGGACAAAGCAGCUUCCAUCCUGGGCAGCCCUGCGAGGGACUGGCUGGGGUGUCGACAGGUGGUGCAGGGCCGCUGGUCAUCUGCUCGGACUGCUACGACAACGCUAACAUGUACUCUCGGACCCGGGAGUACUAUGCCUGCCUGGCCGAGGAUGACCCCCUGGACAAGGGUCUCUCUGGCAUCAUAGCCCACCUUCCCAAGGAGCCCUAUGGGGAGCAGCGAGGCCAGCAUGAGGACACAGCCCUGGAGAGCCUCAUCAACAACCAGGACUCCUCAGUCUUCCUCACCAGCCACAACUCCUCAGUCUUCCUCACCAAGAGGCUGAGCAAAGCCCUCUGGCCCCCAGAACAACACUACAGCACCGAUGUUCCCCCCAGGUCGUUUUGGGGCGAAGGGGAGGACUUGUCUACAGUGCCCCAACCAGGUCUGUCACAGCAGCCAGUGACGCUGCACCCAACUCCCUAUGCAUCUUCAGUUGCUGAGGGAGGGGAGGAGAGGAGUGUGGAGGUGGAGCUCUCCCUUCCCCAGAGCACACAGUACCACAGAAGUGCCUCUUAUAGGACUACGUCUCAGGAGCACAUCCAAGCCCCCACAUAAAGCUCAGCCCCCUUCCCUAUACACACUGCCAUCCUCUCUCACUGGGUCCUCUUCUUUAGCCACUACCUCCAAAAAGACCACUCUGCCAAAAAUGCUUUCAUGUAUAUUUAGAUUAUUUCAGUCACGCAGAGAAUAUUUGCUCCUAUGAUUUUGAAAAAGGACCAUAUCUAGGGCUUGAGAACUGAACAGGUGAAUGACGCCCCCUGAUUCCCUCCACCUCCCCUUCCUCCCCCUCAUUCUAGAGGAAGCUAUGAAUGUAUGUGUCAAAGAGCCAUGUUGGAUGCUGCCAUUUUGACUUUUAAGAUGUCAGACAUUUGAACGUGCUCUCACGACAUACUGUCUGGAAGGUGGAAUGGCAGCAGUGUUGAUGGAUGCCCCAGUUGUUGUGCUUUUUGCUUGCAGAUGCCACAUUCUUGGUAAAGUCUUGUUGGAGCAACCUUAGUGAUUUAAUUUAAAAGUCCAGGACAUAGCUUCCUCUCGUCCAGGACUAGAGGGGUCAAAGAGACCCCAGUUGUUUCUUGUUCAGCAGUGAAUGGUACAUACCUAUAGGAUCACUGAAUGAAUCCCUCUAGCCAUCUGUAUUGAAUGUAAUCGUCUACUAUUAUGCAAACCCAGGGACAAUAGCCCUAGAUGUGUGUGAGAUAUAAUUUUCCGCUAUUAUCUAUGUCUCUUAAGCUAAGAUUGUUUUGCCUUGGGUCAAAUAGAGGCAGUCGUAAUAGAGGCAGUCGUUGCUCAUGUUUUGUUUCGUAUGAAAACACACUAUCCAAGCAAAGAAAAUAUUGGGUAUUGCACAUAAUUUUGACAAUCAUGGUUCAGGUGGCCUUUUUUUAAUGGCCAUCUUUCAGAUGGUUUUCAACCGGCAUUCUCAGUAACCCUCCAUCAGGUAACCCUAUGGUUUCUAAUCACAUAUGCACUGAUCAUCAUUUCCUCUCAAAAGGUUAUUUUACAGGCACUUACCUCAUACUUGGUGUGUUUUAUUAUGCAGUAUGCCAUUUUAGAUUCCUAAUUGAUAAUAUAUGCCUUUACCCCCAAUUUCAUCAACCCUAGAUACUGGCCAGAUUUAACCUUGGGACUGUGAAGAAUGUAUUGUAUGGAUUUAAACAUUUGUCUUUUCACAACUACAUCCCUCAAACCCUAAGAAGGUAGUUGGAAUUAUUUUUGUCCUGACCUGCAGUAAGUUAGAUUUGGUUUUGUGUGUAUGUCAGAAUGUUUGUAGUCACUCCAGGGUGAUUCCUAACUUGACUUCCGCAACAUUGUGGAAAGCAUGUAGAUCUCAAGUCAGGAUUUGGCCCAAAAUGUUGGUACAAAUUUAAUCUAGCUAAAACCAAGUUGUUUAAUAAGGGUUGUUUUUCAUUUAAAUCACACCUGUUUCCUUUGCUCAAAUAAAAGAACAAUCAUUUUGGCAAUGGAACAUAGAUACUUCAGAAUAAGAUGUAGAUGUGUGAAGGCUAUACAAACAAAGAUAGUACAUGAACAUUGCCCUGACAGGUUUGGUUGAAUCUGUCCUUUAGUCAUUCUUUUUCACCUUUUGAAAUCUCACAAUUAUUGCACUUCCGAUUCAGCAAAACAUGAUUGCAUUUCCUCUCUCGUGCACACUUUCAUUGCUGGUUUCUUUUACGUGUAUGUCAACUACUAUGCUUUUAUUCCUGCCUCUACCAUGUUGACAGUUAUACAUCUCCAUGUAGGAUUGUUUCUUAUGUUACACAAUGCAUUCAUGCUAAAAUCGUAGCUUUUUGAUAAGACAUUCCGUGUGACUUUGCAUGAUAAUGCAUCUGGUACAUUUUUGUAUUUUGAGUUUGAUCAAAAAGGACUCCUUUUGUCAAUGUUGCAGUUGGUCUCAAACUGUUCUUUGUCUCUGGUACGUGACUUACAAAAUUUGCACAUGAAUCUUGUACACAAUUGAUUUUUGUUGUGGCUUCUUUUCAAAAGUCCAUGGUUUUGAAGUUCUAUAAACCAGGUCAUCCCCUGUAUACCAAAAUAAAUCAUUCCAACCCCAUGCCACUGGAUUCAAUAUUGGCAUGAAUAGAGCUAAUACACAGAUUGCAUUUUCUGCUGGAUAAUUAAAGCAUUUCAAUUCAAGGUAGUAAUUGUUGCCGAUAGCUUAAUCACUUUUUUCCCCCUUUUUAACGCACUCCAUGCAUCCGGUAGAAACAGUUCUCUAAACCGAGUCCAUUAUGGGUUUGCUCUACUGAAUGUUGGAUUUUAUAUUGAACAAAAAUAUAAAAGCAACAUGCAACAAUUUCAAUGAUUUUACUGGGUUACAGUUUAUAGAAGGAAAUCAGUCAAUUGAAAUAAGUUAACUAGGCCCUAAUUUUAAGGCUUUCACUUGACUGGGCAGGGGUGCAGCUAUGGGUGGGCCUGUGAGAGCAUAGGCCCACCCACUGGCUGGGCCUGGCUCCCCAAUCAGCCAGAUGUGGAGGUCCUGGGCUGGUGUGGUUACACGUGGUCUGCGGUUGUGUGGCCGGUUGAAAGUACUGCCAAAUUCUCUAAAGUGACAUUGGAGGCAUCUUAUGGUAUAGAAAUUAACAUUCAAUUAUCUGCCAACAGCUCUGUUGGACAUUCCUGCAGUCGGCAUGCCAAUUGCACGCUCCCUCAAAUUGAGACAUCUGUGGCAUUGUGUUGUGACACAACUGAACAUUUUAGCGGCCUUUUAAUAUCCCCAGCACAAGGUGCACCUGUGUAAUCAUGCUAUUUAAUCAGCUUCUUGACAUGCCACACCUGUCAAGUGGAUGGAUUAUCUUGGCAAAUAAUAAAUGCUCACUAACUGGGAUGUAAACAAAUUUGUGCACAGAAUUUGAGAGAAAUUCGCUUUUUGUGCAUAUGGGAAAUUUCUGGGAUCUUUUUAUUUCAGCCAAUGAAAAAUGACACUACAUGUUGUGGUUAUUUUUGUUCAGUGUAUAUAUGGAUUUGUAUGGUGAUUGUUCUUUUCUAAUGGGAGCUCAACUAUGUCCACAUGACAUGCAUUUGUGUUUAAAACCAACUUUUUUUUACCAACACAUCUUUAUCUUUGCUUUGUAUUACUCUAUCUUGUUUUUUUUCUCUUUAUACCAAAGUUUCUUUAGUAAUGCUCUGGCAAUAUUUAAAAUGCUGCUUGUUUUCUGUGUUAUCAAAGUUUUGCAUUUUGUUGUCAAGUGUGUUUUUGUAUCUUGACUACUUGUAUAUUCUGUAAAGAACAUUUGUUUCUUGAUAUGUAGCUGUCAUUAAAACAAUCACAAAUGUGA